GAAGCAAUAAAAAUAAAAGUGAAUUUUAGAGAAACUAACCUCCCUCUUAAUUACAAAAAAGGUUUCUUGUCAUUCAAGUGUUUAAUGCACAACAGUAUAUAAAGUUCUUCUGUGCUCCACUUCAUAGAAAAUGGAAAAUCUUCAUGGCUUAUGCUUAUAAAUUUGGCUUUCUUCUUGAAUUCCAUGAUACCUACGCAAAAUUUUCUACAGUUCUGCUUUACUAUAUGAUUUGUUUUGUGACGAAGGAAAGCAUGAUUAACAGUUGAGAUCAGAAAUUGUGACUAUCUUUGUCUGACUCAAACCAAAGCAAGCUCGAUGAAGUUGCGGUUAUCCAUCGUUGUGCUUGUCCUUCUAAGCUUCAUAGUUUCACUCUUUGAAUUGAUUGUAGCUGAUUUAAACUCUGACAAACAAGCUCUCUUAGAGUUUGCUUCAGCCGUUCCACAUGCACCAAGGCUAAACUGGAAUGAGUCUACUUCAGUUUGCAACUCAUGGAUUGGUGUGACUUGUAACUCGAACAGAACCCGAGUCACCGGCAUCCGUCUCCCGGGAAUUGGACUAACCGGUUCAAUUCCAGAGAACACUUUAGGAAAACUAGACACUCUUAGAGUCCUUAGCCUUCAUUCAAAUGGCCUUAAAGGAAAUCUUCCUUCUGACAUAGUUUCCAUUCCUUCACUCCAAUUUGCACUGCUUCACCACAAUAAUUUCUCAGGUCCAAUUCCUUCCUCUGUCUCCCCUAAACUCGUGGCAUUCGAUGUUUCCUUUAACUCCUUCUCUGGAAGAAUUCCACCAGCAUUUCAGAAUCUGAGAAGACUCACCUGGUUGUAUUUACAAAACAACAACAUUUCUGGAACUAUCCCUGAAUUCAACCUUCCAAGGCUUAAACAAUUGAAUUUGAGCUAUAAUAACUUGAACGGAACAAUUCCAAAUUCUGUUAAGACAUUUCCUUACACUUCUUUCGUAGGUAACUCGCGCUUAUGCGGACCGCCUCUCAACAAUUGCUCAUCGAUAUCCCCUUCUCCAUCUCCUUCCCCUGAGUAUCAACCAUCCUCUCCAUCAACUACACAAGAUCAAAAGGAUCAUAAGAAUAACUUUGGCCUAGCUACUAUACUUGCUCUUGUCAUUGGAGGCAUUGCAUUUCUCUCCCUGCUAGUUUUAGUGUUCUUUAUAUGCUGUUUGAAGCGAAAACCGAAAGACAGUACUAAAAAAAGCGGUGGCAUACUCAAACGGAAGGGAUCUUGUGCUGGAAAGACUGAGAUUUCCAAGAGUUUUGGGAGUGGAGUUCAAGAGGCCGAAAAGAACAAGUUAUUCUUCUUUGAAGGUUCAUCUUAUAGCUUUGAUCUUGAGGACUUACUGAAGGCUUCGGCCGAAGUUCUUGGUAAAGGGAGUUAUGGAACAGCAUACAAGGCUGUUUUGGAGGAAGGAACAACUGUGGUAGUUAAGCGGUUGAAGGAAGUUGUUGUUGGAAAGAAGGAGUUUGAGCAGCAGAUGGAAAUUGUUGGGAGGAUUGGACGCCACCCGAAUGUCAUGCCGCUUCGUGCUUAUUACUAUUCCAAAGAUGAGAAGCUUCUAGUUUAUAACUUCAUGCUUGGUGGAAGCUUGUUUCACUUGUUGCAUGGAAACAGGGGUGCAACAAGAACUCCAUUAGACUGGGAUUCAAGGGUGAAGAUUUCACUUGGAGCAGCCAAGGGAGUUGCAUUCAUUCACUCUGAAUGCGGUCCAAAGUUCACACAUGGCAACAUCAAAUCCACCAAUGUUCUCAUAUCCCAAGAACUUGAUGCCUGCAUAUCCGAUGUUGGCUUGCCUCCACUGAUGAACACUCCGGCAACCAUGUCAAGAGCCAAUGGCUACCGUGCUCCAGAAGUAACUGAUGCGAAGAAGAUCACACAAAAAUCUGAUGUGUACAGCUUUGGUGUGCUGCUUCUUGAAAUGUUGACAGGGAAGACACCAAUGAGGCAUCCGGGGCAUGAAGACAUCGUCGAUCUUCCAAGGUGGGUGAAGUCUGUUGUUAGAGAAGAAUGGACAGCUGAAGUUUUCGAUGAGGAGCUUCUAAGAGGCCAAUACGUUGAAGAGGAGAUGGUGCAGAUGCUUCAGAUUGCAUUGGCUUGUGUUGCUAAGGCACCUGAUAUGAGGCCUAGAAUGGAUGAAGCUGUUAGGAUGAUAGAGGAAAUAAAGCACCCCGAGUCAAAGAACCGGCCGUCCUCUGAGUCGGAGUCUAAUGCGCAAACACCAUGAUUGAGGAGUGUUCCUGGGGACAACAUAGGAUUUCAUUUGAAGAAAACAAGUCUUGUGUUUUCCUGAUUGAUAUUGUGUCCUCAAGCAAUAAUAAAGUUAAGUUUCAUUGUAAAAUACUAAUGUUUUUUGUUCUUGUUGGUUAUACAAGUUUUUCAGUUGGUUC